AAGAGGAGGUCAAGAACAGGCAGAGGAAUGGGCAAAAACUUUGUAUGCUGCUUAUGAUAAUGAUUAUAUUAUGGUUGAAAGUAUGAAACGCCUAUUGUUAGCUCCACCUUUACAUUAUUGGACAUUAUACGUUGAUGCUAUAGUACUUCAACAUGAUGGGAAUAUUAUGGACGCACUUUCUUUGGGGGUAAAAGCAGCUCUUUUCGAUACACAAAUAUGCAAUGUAAUUGUACGCCCAGCUGAUGAAGGAAAAUUUCUUAUUGAUUUACCCGAUGAAAUUAGUACUUGGAAAUUGGAUGUUACAAGCGCCCCUUUAAUUGUUGCUGUAACUCGUAUUGGAAAUCAAACAGUUUUCGAUUUGGACCUCUCCGAAGAGUUGUGUUCUAAUAAUACUUUGUAUGUUGGUAUAAAACAAGGAGAAAAUGAAGAGGAUAAUUCUGAGAGUUUAAUAACUUGUAUUAAAAAAGUUGGUGGUGGGGCAGUAGAAAUUGAUUCAAUGAUGGAAAUGUUAGAAAAAGCAACUCAUAUAGCAAGGAAUUUAAACUUUGGAUUGAUGAACAAGUUAAAAAAAGAUGAAGGUUUGAAAGAAAAAAGGACCAAUUUUCCAAGUAUUUUUUGA